CCAAAUGAAAGCAAACUUUUCACCAUGUUAAAAUCAAAACACUCUAUAUUUUUCUCUCACCUUUCUCAUACAUAAAUUGGACAAUAGACAUUUGAACUUGUUUCCACCCUUUUUAAAAGGUCUUGUAUAUUUGUUUCACCACAUGAGAAUGGAUUGGAACACAUGGGCCAGUCUCCCUUGGCAAAAAAAUAUAGACUCACCAUGAAGCCCAUGCUGGUAUUCCAGGUAACAUCUGACUAUGUCUGGGGAGGAUCCAUCUUUUGGAGGCUCUGUCCACAAUUUUGCUUCACAAGAGACCUGGAGAACGCCCAGUAGUUGCAACUUCACACCAAUAAUUCCUGAUCAUUAUACAAGCUAGCUAUGAUUUAUGUGAGUUGCAAUUCCAAAUUCUAGGAGUGCUGUGGGUUGUGCAAGCCUGCUUUAAACUAAGCAAAGUCAGGGAAAAGGUACAGUAAGAAUUCUGAUUCUUCUGCCAUGCUGACAAUUGGAUUGGAUCCAAUUUUUCCCAAUCAGUUAUCCUUAUGGCAAAAGAUACACCAACUCCUAUCAACACAGAAGAAGAGAGGAAUCCCUCCUUGAUCACACGUUCAGAUGGCCAAUUCUGACAUCAGCAGAAGUGGUUUCACACCUCGCAUGCUUUUCACAGAGCCCCUAGGCUAGUGAGGAAGUGGCAGCAGUGGCACUGAAAACAGAGGACAACACAGUAGGAUCAAUUCAAGUCUUACCUGUAUGGAGAAUAGCAUGGCAUUGCACAGGUUUCAUGUAAAUGUCCUCAUGGAUCAUCUGAGACCUCUCAGAAGCACAAUACUCUGAAAUAGUUCUGGAUUAAGUGGCCAAUGAAGAUGAGAUAUUGGGGUCGACCAAAUGUGUCAUAUGGCUAUACUAGAAUAAUUUCCUCAUGUAUUCUUUCUCCAAACAGGACCAUCCCUCCCUACUUCUCUCUCCCUACUUACCUCCCGCUUCUCUCUUACUCUCUGGAAUUUGUCUGAGAAGCACCUUCAUUUUGACCAUGGGAAGCACACUUUCUCUGAACUAUACAGACGAACAACAAAACUAUCCUGGAAAUUAUUCAAUUUGCAGUGGCAGCUAUAGAAAUGUUCUCAAUAAAGCUGAAUUGUUUUUUGAACAAUUUCUCAGUAUAGCAUUCUUGUCCACACGCAACUCAAAUGUGCAUGUGGUUUUUGUCCUAACCUUCCUUAUUAGCAUUGUGGGGAUGGUGGGGAAUGGAAGUGUGAUUUGGCUGCUUGGCUUUCAUGUUAAGAGAAAUAAUUUCACCAUCUAUGUCUUGAACUUAGCUAUCGCUGAUUUUGGUAUGCUUGUGAGUGAAACUGCUUUAAGUGUCAUAAUAGGCAUUGAUCUAUCAAAAGAAUAUGAUAUCAUUACAAAGAUAUGGGUUUUGGGGCAAUUCAUUGGCUUCACAUAUUAUGUGGGUUUAUACCUUCUGACAGGUAUUAGUGUGGAAAGGUGUCUUUCCAUCCUCUUUCCCAUCUGGGUCCGUUGUCACCGGCCAAAGCACCUUUCCAUCAUUGUAUCAAUCCUGUUCUGGAUAGUGUCUGCCCUGACUACUGUAACUGAAUUCUUGUUUCAAUAUUUUUGUUUACUAGACUUUUGGCUUACAUUUUCUAGGAUUUUUUCUGGUAUAAACCUAUUUAUCUUCACACCAGUCAUGGUUGUCUCGACUCUAAUCCUAUUUAUCAAGAUGUCCUUUAGACAUCAGUCAGGAAAACUGCACAAAACUCUGCUGAUUGUUCUCCUUUUCUUCAUUAUCACUGCUCUUCCAUUUAGCAUUUUUUUCUUCUUCUCCACCAUUGAUUAUAAUUUUCAUUCUAUUGCCAUUCCAAUUUAUCACCUUUUAAUUGUUCUGAACAGCAGCAUUAACCCAAUCAUUUACUUUUUUGUUGGGAAUCAGUGCACCUGUAAAUCCUGGGGAUCCAUCAAAGUUGUGUUUCAAAAUGUUUUUAAAGAUGAAACCGGACUUACAGAAGUAGGUUGAAUAUUAAUGACCUAAUGACCUAACAAGGGAACAGAAAUUCAAAUUCAGAUUCUCCUAAAAAUUAAUUAUUAUGAUAGUGAGUCUUGUUGAAAUUAUAGAAUGUAAAAACAGAAAAUAGCAAAACAACCCAAUAGUUUUAUCAGCUUUGGGAAGUCAAUUUUGGACAAAACAAAUUCUACUUUUAUAUGCAAUUACAGUAGAGUCUCGUUUAUCCAACGUUUGCUUAUCCAACAUUUUGUAUUAUCCAAAGCAGUCUGCCUUUUAAUUCUCAUUGUUUUUGUAAUGAAACAAACAAUGUUUUUGUGUGAAAUUCAUAAAUACUGUACAUUAAUUACUACAUGACAUUACUGUGUACUGCGCUGCUUUUUCUGUCAAUUUAUCGUAAAACAUGAUGUUUUGGUGCUUAAUUUGUAAAAUCAUAACGUAAUUUCACAUUUGAUAGGCUUGUCCUUGAUCUCUCCUUAUUAUCCAACAUUUUCUCUUAUCCAACAUUCUGCUGGCCCAUUUAUGUUGGAUAAGUGAGACUCUACUGUAUAUGCAGUAUUUGAAUCAUUGAUAUAAUCAAAAUCCUGGAAUAUAAAAAACAGGGGAAAAGAGAGGGCAACCCAACCAUAGAAAUUCAAAACUAACUUUCUUUUUGGAUUAUGUUCUUUGUGCCAGAUUUGUUUAAAUGAUUGAAAUAAUUAUAAUAAAUAGUAUAAAAUGUAAUACUUGGACAAUAUAAUUGAAUUACAUAGAAUUGAAUUGAAUAUAUUUGUAUUUACUGUCACUAUAUAUGUUGAUAAAUAUCAUUAGUAUUUUUGAUAUCAUUACCUCAUAAAAUUGGAAAAUACAAUUGAAAUCCUAGAAUUUAAAAAUGAGGGAAGGAAUUGAGGGCAGGUUAAUGAUUGCAGUAAAGUAUAUAAGAUGGCAUGAUCUUAAAAGUCAUAUUUGAGGGAAAGUGUGUUUUAUCAAAGUUCCUGAUUGUAGAGAUAGAGAGCAGCCCAACAGUAGAGAUGUAAAGAUCUGACUACACGGAAUAACAUGGAGAACGAAACUUUUGGCAUAAAACACAAAACAAAUCCAGUAAUAAUUCCCAAAUCAGUGCUAUCUUCCUCAAGUUCUAAAUAACCAUCAGAGUAUCAAUAUCUAUGUGUUACUGAAGGCUUUCAUGGCCGGAAUCACUUGGUUGCUGUGGGUUUUUUGGGCUGUAUGGCCAUCUUCUAGAAGAACAUGAAACAUGGCCGUACAGACUGAAUGAAAUACUCACAGCAACCCACCAAUAUCUCUGGGUUAGACUCAGUACCUUAUGCACUUUUCCACACUUAAUUCUUAUUCCAUUGUGAAUCCUUAUCAUUUCUAAAGGCUAGCAUACAGAAGAAAUCAUUGGAGCAUUGAAAUCCUCUUCACGGGGAGCUGAAUUUUUAUUCACAGGAUUGGGACGAAAAAUCAUUUCUGUUUUGAAUUGGGAUUUAAAUUGAUGGUUAUCAUUUCCAGUAUCCUCUUUCUGAAGUCAUGUCCCAAUCUCAGUUUCUUCAUUUUUGUACUUUCCAUUUCUCAAAGAAAUUGUCAGUUUUAUCAAAAUGAUAGCUACUGUUCUACUGUUAAUAUGCAGGUCACUGGAUUCAAUUUUAAGGUUUUAGCCUUGGCUGUAUUGGACAGUUUAGCAUUUGAAAUAUCUUUAUUAAUUUGCUACAAAAGAAAUGAUUGCUUGCGUUUGGAAAACUUCAAACUGCUUUUUCAAAUUAGCAUGAGUGAAUAUUGAAAUAGUGCAACAAAUAGUUUAAAAAUGAACCAGAUCCAUAAUAGAAAUAUAGAAAAAUACAAUUUUGUAAUUUUCUUUUGCGUUGUUUUGUCAGUGUCAUGUAUGUCUAAAUUAUUGACACCUUGGUAAUGAAAAAGACGAUAACCAUAUAAUUAUAUCUAUUACACAAUCGUAUGUAUUUCUGCUUUUUAUUGGUAUAUAUUUGUGUUUCAUCUGUAUAUUUAUCCAUACAUUAUUUAUUCAAAAUAUAUAGUGUGAACAUGUACAAUAAAACAACCAGGUCAGAUAAGCUUCACAUUAGUAAACGAAAACAUUUUGAAAUUUCCACAGAAAGGAUUGUUCUAAGAAGGCACCCAGAGAUAACUUUUUUCAUUAAAUCAAACAGUAUAAUUUAUAAUGUUGUCAAUAUGCUUGUUCAAUAAAGCUGAUGUUUGUGACAUGA